AUGAGCGACGAAGACGACUUUGUGGUCGAAGGACCAGAGCUCGCCGAGGAUGACCCCAUGCGCGCAUUCCUUCCCGCCUCAUUCGGCAAGAAGUCCAAGGAAGCGAACAUUGCCGCCCAAAUCGACCGCAGCCGAAGAACGACAGAGAAGGCCUCGGCGGGGGGUUCUAAAGAAGGAUCCGCAGGUCCGCCCAAAACUGAACAGACUGAGAAGAAGCCCGACUCAGAUAGUGACAGUGACAGCGACGCAAACUCGGACUCGGACGAUUCGGAUGACGGCGACGAUUACCCCGUUUCCCAUGAGCUGGUACUGAAGACCCACGAAAGAGCGGUAACGACGGUGACGUUGGAUCCCGCCGGCGGACGACUUGUCUCAGCUUCUCUCGAUUGCAAAAUCAAUUUGCACGACUUCGCCUCCAUGACGCCGAGCACACUGCGUGCAUUUCGAACUGUCGACCCUUGGGAAACGAAGGCUUCUGCUGCGAGCGCCGAGUCGCAUCCGAUCCACCAUGUCGAGUUCAAUCACUUGUCGGGCAGCGCCUUCCUAUGUGUCUCUGCACACCCACAAGCAAAGAUCAUGUCGAGGGACGGCGAUAUCUUGACCGAGUUUGUCAAGGGCGACAUGUAUCUUCGGGACAUGAACAACACUAAAGGCCAUAUUUCGGAGGUUACAACCGGCACAUGGCAUCCUGCCGACAAGAACCUCUGCAUCACCGCUGGUACAGACAGCACCCUCAGAAUUUGGGACGUCAACAACAAGCGCAGCCAGAGAGACGUGAUUGUCUUCAAAUCGAAGGCAGCCGGGUCGGCCGGUCGGACGAGGAUGACGGCGGUCGCAUGGGGCUCACCAGUGCAAGGAGGCAACAACGUGCUUGUCGCAGCAGCAUUGGACGGGUCUUUGGUCAUGUACAGCGGCAAUAGCCCCUUUUCACGGCCCACUGCCGAGAUCCGCGAUGCCCACAAGCCGGAUACAUGGACUGGUGGCAUUGACAUUUCUUCCGAUGGCCGAAUGGUGGUCACUCGAGGAGGAGACAACACUAUCAAGCUGUGGGACACACGCAAGUUCAAGACGCCUCUCGUUACCGUGGACCACGCCUCUACAUCGGACCAUUUCCCGAUGAGCAAUAUUCGGUAUUCGCCAAACUCGACCAGCAUCCUAACUGGUUCCGCGAAUGGCGAUUUGCACAUUCUCAACCCCGGGAACCUGCGCCCCGAGCAUGUCACACCCAUCACGCCAGGAGCGCCUCUGAUCACAGUCGACUGGCACCCGAAAAUCAACCAGAUUGUCACUGGAUCGGCGAAUGGAGAGACCCAUGUCUUGUACAAUCCUACAAUGUCUACUCGCGGCGCCGUCGAGGUCAUGUCACGAGCGCCAAAGAAGCGGCACAUUGAUGACGAUCCGUCUCGCACGACCGACAUGUCUGUGGGAAUGUCGGGUGAUUCGAUCGUCACACCGGGCGGUGCGAUGGCUGGCAGGAGGACGGGCGGAGUUACAGCAUCCGGCAAAUCUCGCGACCCGAGAAGACCUGCGGUGCUGGAGCAGACGCCAUUCAUGCGAAAUCAGCCGGACGAGAAGCACAUUGCGGAGAACAUCCCGCUCGCGAAGAUGUUGCAUGAGGAUCCUCGAGAGGCGUUGCUCAAGUAUGCUGAAGCCGCGAAUAAAGACCCAAUGUUCACGGCUGCUUGGCAGAAAACACAGCCUGUGACACAGUAUGCGAACUUGAGCGAUGAGGAGGAAGGACCUGAGAAGAAGAAGGCUAAGCGGUGA